UUCAUCAACGUGUUGUGUUGGAUGAAAUCCGAGAAGUUCCAAUCAUAAAAAUGGAUUUUGCGAAAGUUUUACAGAGUUUUUUGUCUAUCUUAAGUUUAAUAUUGUUAGAUAAUCGUGUAUUUGGGUUUAAUUACGAUUAUGUGACCUGUGGGUCUACACUUAAACUUUACAACUCCUAUCACCAUGUCAGAUUGCAUUCUCAUGAUGUCAAAUAUGGUUCUGGAAGUGGACAGCAGUCUGUGACAGCAGUAGAAUCCUCAGAUGAUCAUAACAGUUAUUGGCAAGUAAAGGCGAAAACAGGAGCUCAGUGUAUCAGAGGGCAGCCAAUAAAAUGUGGACAAACUGUUCGAUUAAUGCAUUUACAAACUAGAAGAAAUUUACACAGUCAUCAUUUUCAAUCCCCAUUAUCUCAUAAUUUAGAAGUCAGUGCCUUUGGUGAAGAUGGAGAAGGGGAUGAAGGAGAUAACUGGUCAAUAGUUUGCAGUGGGAAAUUUUGGAGCCGUAAAGAUAGAGUCAGGAUAAAGAAUGUGGUAACAGAAUAUUACCUUCAUGUGUCGGGUGAUACCUUUGGUCGUCCAAUUAAAGGACAGCGUGAAGUUAGUGGAUAUGCAUCACCAAAUGAUCUCAAUUAUUGGCAGGCAAUGGAGGGAGUUUACGUGACCCCAUCAGAGGACCCUCAAGGGACAUACAGAGGAGAUUUAAAUGCACAUCAUCAAAUGCAUACAGAGCUUUGAUCUUAUUGACUUAUUUCUAGGAAUUUUACUCAAAUUUUGUAUCUUUUUUUCUCAAUUUUACGAACAAGUUUUGUGUUUUGAGCUGUGUUUAAAGCACGGUGUUCUUUGCUUUUAUUCACUGUAACAGCACAUAUUUUUGCUAGGUCAAAAUUUCACGAAUUUGAAAUUUUGAGUAUGUUCGCAAGGUUUAAUAUUCACGAAAUUGUAAAAACAGUAUUCUUCCUGAGUAAGAAUUAUACUAAUGAUGAAUAUUUAUGCAAAGAUUAAUUUUCGCAAUUUGUAGGACUUUACAAAUAUGGGAAAAUUAAACCCUCGCAAAAAUUUAUGCUUUUACAGUAUUGAAAGAUUUUAUUGUUGCCUCUAAUUUUGCUAAAUUUUAUAACAAUUUAAGACAUGGGAAAGAAUAGUUUAAUACAGAAAUAGUAGUAAACAUUUUGCAUGUUGUAAAAAUAUUGUUCAUUUUCCAACUUGAGAAGUUGUAUCUUUAUCCGAAAACUAUAAUUUUGUAAUGUGUCUCAUUUUUUAUGCUAUGUUAAGUGUACAGUUGGGAUAGUGUAAUACUGACCAUAAAUAUGUGAAAAAAGAACUUUAGUUAUCAGUGAAUGUGUUAUAAUUGGUACAUACAUGUACAUUGUAUAGGGAUGUUUUUAUUCCCAUGGGAAUCCUUAUCUCAAAUUUGCAAGUUUUAUCAAAGAUGUCUACAAAUUUAUUGUGAAAAAGUAAAUACAAUAUAGGGGUCAAAAACUAAUUGGUGUUAGUGUGGAAACCAGUCUGAAAAUUUGACUUUGCCAUUGGUCAUUUCCAAGAUUGUACUCGAGAACAGCCAAUCAGCUGCUUGAGCUUUGCGACUGGUUUUCAAUUUGAGUUUUAUAAUUGACACAAAAGUUUCUCAUUGAAGAAAAGCUGAUGCAUUUCACAUUAUCAUAUUAAAAUAAACUUUUCAUGUUGGGAAAAGACUGCUUUUGGAUUGAGGUAUUUUCUCUGUAUAUUUCAUUGAGAGAAUAGAUUUUUGUCAGCUUAUUCACUAAGUUAGCUUGUAUCUUAACAGCCACUGCAAUUUCUUUGAUUCAAAUGCUUGGAAAAGUGGCCACUUGUUAUGAAGAGCAGCUCUAGUUCCUUCUUUCCAAAGGCUUUGAAUAGAGUGAUGUAUGUUUGGGAUGAUUUAUCUGAGAAUUUUUUUUUGUAUGUUUUAAAGUUGAAAAUUAUAUCCCAGCUGCAAAGUUAAUGUAUCAUUUAUGAUGUAUUUGAUAUAUUUGUUGUGUUUUUAACGUGAAAUUUGUGUUGUAUGUUAUUUCUCUUUUUUUGUCUUGUAUAACAUCUGAAAAAUUUCAUACAACAGGGAUUGUACUGAUUUUUCUCAUUGUUUAAUAUCCACAUGUGAAAACACGGGCUGUCAUUAAAAGGUGUAACAACUGAAAGAUAUUGAUAAAAAGUCAAAUACAGAAGAUACAACAGGAAGAAAAAAUCGAAAAGAUCUAUUUGUGUUAAUUUCAAAAUAUUAGAAUCUUCCACUGGUUGUAGAUGCGGAUGGAAAUGUCUGGCUUGAGGGUGACUGUUUCGGUGGUACGAGUGUCUGCCGAGUUAUUGCAAAACAGUUACCCAGGAGCCUGCAAUUUCCGUCCAUACGCUCUUCCAUUGAUAGAUUCUUUUUCUUGCAUACCAUAUUCGAAUAAAGACAGAAGAAAAAAAAUGAAACGAGUGCUUUAAUAUAAGUACUAUUUUGUUAUAGUUUAUGAAUUUAUACAUUCAUUCAUAAAUUGCUGUAUGUGAGUCCUCUUACUCACUGGGGUUGUUUUCCUAGCAAAAAUACUGCUGGUAUUCAAGAAAGAACAUUUCUUGCUUUUGAAGUAAAAAAUAUAUGUAUAAGGCAGCGGCAGUAUAAUAUUGGUAAAAACUGAACUAAAGUCAGUUUAAUCUUCUUUUGAAAUUAUCCUGUUUUAGUUUUUUUUAAUUUCCCCUGUUCUGAUUGAUCAAUAUUUUGAAAUUUCAUGUAGAUGACAGUGAAUAAAAUGUGUCAGUACAUUGAUUUCAAUAUAAACAGUGACAGAUCAAUGUAAAAGAAGGGACCAAUUUGCUUUUGUUUCAAAGGUUUGAAAUCCAAUAUAAUAUGUCUUGAUGUAGUUAAAAUUACUCUUUAUAGUAGGUAUUUAAGGUAGUGGACUCAAAGUGACAUAUUCCAUUUAAUUUCAUAUUUUGUUUUUUUAGCUCACAUGUCACAAAGUGACAGUGUGAGCUUUUGUGAUCGCGCAGCGUCCGUCGUCCGUGCGUAAACUUUUGCUUGUGACCUCUUUAGAGGUCACAUUUUUCAUGGGAUCUUUAUGAAAGUUGGUCAGAAUGUUCAUCUUGAUGAUAUCUAGGUCAAGUUCUAAACUGGGUCACGUGCGGUCAAAAACUAGGUCAGUAGGUCUAAAAAUAGAAAAACCUUGUGACCUCUCUAGAUGCCAUAUUUUCAAAAGAUCUUCAUGAAAAUUGGUCAGAAUGUUUACCUUGAUGAUAUCUAGGUCAAGUUUGAAACUGGGUCACGUGCCGUUAAAAACUAGGUCAGUAGGUCAAAUAAUAGAAAAACCUUGUGACCUCUCUAGAUGCCAUAUUUUUCAUGGGAUCUGUAUGAAAGUUGGUCUGAACGUUCAUCUUGAUGAUAUCUAGGUCAAGUUCGAAACUGGGUCAGCUGCGGUCAAACACUAGGUCAUUAGGUCUAAAAAUAGAAAAACCUUGUGACCUCUCUAGAGGUCAUACUUUUGAAUGGAUCUUCAUGAAAAUUGGUCAAAUGUUCACCUUGAUAAUAUCUAGGUCAGGUUCGAAACUGGGUCACGUGCCAUCAAUAACUAGGUCAGUAGGUCAAAUAAUAAAAAAAACCUUGUGACCUCUGUAGAGGCCAUAUUUUUCAUGGGAUCUGUAUGAAGGUUGGUCUGAAUGUUCAUCUUGAUGAUAUCUAGGCCAAGUUCGAAACUGGGUCAACUGUGGUUAAAAACUAGGUCAUUAGGUCUAAAAAUAGAAAAACCUUUUGACCUCUCUAGAGGCCAUAUUUUUCACAAGAUCUUCAUGAAAAUUGGUCAGAAUGUUCACCUUGAUGAUAUCUAGGUCAGGUUCGAAACUGGGUCAUGUGCCUUUAAAAACUAGGUCAGUAGGUCAAAUGAUAGAAAAACCUUGUGACCUCUCUAGAGGCCAUAUUUUUCAUGGGAUCUGUAUGAAAGUUGGUCUGAUUGUUCAUCUUGAUGAUAUCUAGGUCAAGUUUGAAACUGGGUCAGUUGUGGUCAAAAACUAGGUCAUUAGGUCUAAAAAUAGAAAAACCUUGUGACCUCUCUAGAGGCCAUACUUUUGAAUGGUCAGAAGGUUCACCCUGAUGAUAUCUAGGUCAAGUUUGAAACUGGGUCACGUGCCUAGGUCAGUAGGUCAAAUAAUGAAAAAACCUUGUGACCUCUGUAGAGGCCAUAUUUUUCAUGGGAUCUGUAUGAAAGUUGGUCUGAAUGUUCAUCUUUAUGAUAUCUAGGUCAGGUUCAAAACUGGGUCACAUGAGCUCAAAAACUAGGUCACUAUGUCAAAUAAUAGGAAAAAAACGACGUCACACUCAGUUCAAAACUGGGUCAUGUUGGGACAGGUGAGCGAUUCAGGACCAUCAUGGUCCUCUUGUUUUGCAUUUUUGGCAUGUUUCCAUUGUUCAUUCUAGCAUACCAGAUGUUUACCAUAGUUCCCUGGUAGAUCUAUGUCUCGGGUACCUUGUCAAAUAUCUGAUGAAUGAGAAUGCUUGUUGUUAUUAAAAUGUGAUUUCCUGUUACAAAGGAUAGUCAAAAUAGCAUACUAGAAUAUUAAUGAAAAGAAGUUGCUGAUUGUUAGUACCUACUACAUAUAUAUCAUCAUUAUCUACCACCGUCUUGCAAAAAAGGGAUUUCAUAUGUAUUUGUGAUAAAGUUAAAGAAUUUGGUCAUUAGAUUUUAUUUUUCUCGGGAGUCUUAUAAAUGUGUUAUUUAAGAAGAAUGUUUUAUAGAUUGGGACAAAUAUUACUUUCAUGUUAUGUUGCAAAUAAUAAAAUAUUUGUAAAGAA